AUACGUUAGUGAGACAAAUAUAUAAGUCUAAUGCUUCUUAAUUUCAAGAAAAGUUUGAAUACUGUUAGCCUGUCUUUAUUAUAAAUAGUAAUAAUAAAUAAUCCCAUUACACUUUAGUAAAAUUAGUUUGCUUUGUUGCAGGUACCAGAAGACAGUAUAGCUGCUAUGAAAUGGACAUUCGAACGUUACGAAGAGGGUGCUGGAUGAUUUUAUUGUUAGUUGAUUUAACAGAAAGUGAUUGGCUAAACUGCGGAAACUUAGAAGAAUGUCAUUGCAAAUGGUCUUCUGGAAAAAAAACUGCCUCGUGUGUUUCCGCUGGUCUCACAAAUAUACCUCAUUUGGCCACCGACAUACAAGUCUUAGACUUGCAUGGGAAUCAGUUGAAGUUAUUAGGACAGGACGCAUUCGCCAGUAUAGAUUUAUUAAAUCUUCAACGUAUUAAUCUCAGUUCCACUAACCUGCACUCUUUGCAUCCUAAUGCCUUCAGGGAGCUGCGGAUACUAAUUGAGUUAGAUCUCUCCCAAAACGAAUUACACCAAAUAUCACCUGACACAUUCCGUGGCAACGACCGUUUAAAACUGCUGGUUCUUAAUGACAACCCAUUAACAACCCUAGUAGCUGAACAGUUUCCUCCGUUACAACAUUUGAAGAAAUUAGAGCUAUCAAGAUGCCGAUUACAUACUAUACAUCCGUUUGCUUUUGUGAACUUGCGAGCGUUAGAAACUAUACAUUUACACCAUAACUUACUUUCAUAUUUACAUCAAAAUACUUUUAACUUGCCUGUCUUGAAAACUUUGACUUUAUCUGGUAACCCUUGGUACUGUGAUUGUAGACUUAAAGAUUUUCAUGAAUGGUUCUUGAAUAGCAACUUAGGUAAUGAAGAAAUCUUCUGUGGGGGGCCAGAAAGGAAGGCACAUACAGCAUGGAGAACUAUAAAAGGAAGUGAAAUGGUAUGUCCACCUCUAGCCACAUCUAUUCCUACCGUGAUUAGGACCGAAACCGGAGCUGACAUUUCAUUCGGAUGCUUUGCAAGAGGUGAUCCAAAACCAAUUAUAACUUGGUCAUUUCACAAUGUAGAUAUAAAUAACAUAACAAACAAAUUCAGUGACAUAGUGAUUUACAAGUAUCAAUCGGACCAUUUUGAUGAAUAUAGAGACGAUUAUAUAAAUAGAACGGCUCAAUGGUUGAACGUAACAAUUUCUAACGUAACGAGUGACUUAGCAGGGGAGUGGAAAUGUAAUGCUAAAAGUUCCAUCGGAGAAGCUUCUGCUUAUUUGACUAUUUAUUUGCCCAAGGCGAGAACUGCUACAGCUAGAUUACCCCCAAAUUAUUCUACAUUUUUUAUACUGGGAGGUUCUAUGCUAGCGAUGACUGGGGCGGGAUUCAUAGCAGCAUGCGUUUGUUGGAAAACAAAGCGCCGAAGAGUUCCUCCUAGUAGAAGUUUCACUGAUCAGGAAAAGAAACUGUUAGAUACUUCUUUGGCUGCUAGCUGCGAUAGGACGAGUGCUGACUUAGGUUCUUCUUAUGGAUUUGAAAUGUUCGAUAGGUCAAUGUCGAUGGAAAGUGAGGAUACCCGGUGCAUGGAACCAGUUCAAAUAACUAUAGAGGGUCCUCCUGGUUCAUUUCCUCCGCCUCCAGCAGAGUUUGCAUUACCAGCUCCGUAUGGAAAUAUUUUUAUAUCAGUUCAAGUUUCUGGACACAAUGAAGAAUAUCCCGAUUUGUUAAGCGGUGGGUCCACGUUACCGAGACGAAGCCGAACUUGUUUUUUGAAAUCCGUCUAUGAUAAUAUGGGUCCUAGGAUAACAGCGGCUGGUAGUUCCACGUGGUCGCUCCCUGGUGCCAAUGCCGAGCAGAAAGUAGUUGAUAAAAAUAGUGAUAUAAUUAUGCCACUAUCAACGUUUUCAACUGAAUUCACGGCUCUAUAAAUGAAAUUAAUUAACUGUAAAUAAAUGCAUACUACGGUUUUACUAUAUGGUUUAUUUGCGUGUGAAAGUAAUAUACAAUGAAUUCUAUUAACAUAUCAAUCUUGUAGAUCAAAUACAACUACGGAUUGCAUAAUUAUUUUAAUAUACGAUUGCUGUAACUGUAUUUAAUUAAAGUGACUGCUUUUUAGUAAGCACUAAAAAUAGUACCAUUUGAAACUUCCUUAAAUAAUGUCUAAUUAGGUAUUGAUAAUGUUUUAACUGUUAAUAAUUUACUAUAAAGACUGUUUUUUUUAUAAUACUCAAUCGCUUUUUGUCUCAUUUAAAGAUUUAGAAUGUUGUAUAUACAAUAAUUUUGGUCUAUUAUACAAUAUUGUACAGUUUAGUGUAAAAGUUAAAAUUAUGGCUAUUUGAAAUUCUAUUUGUAAAAAAAUUUUUGAUCAAGAACUGUUGCUUUAAAAUCUACGAGAGAAUUAAAAGAGUGCAACCUUUGUGAGCGAGUUUCAUUUCUAUGAAUCUUUUUCCCUUUUUUUAUCGUAAUAAGCUUACGGCUACAAUUUUUAUAGAACUAGCCAUU